CGAGUGUUCACCGCUCCGGAAGGUCUCGCGGGAAGUCCCCUGAGAAGCGACGAUAAUCGGGGCCGAGUGUGUGCUCGGUGAAGAACCCGUCGUCACGCGCGCCCACCACCACGCGAGCUGUACUCCACGCAUUCAUUAUUACGCAGCCACAACGUAGGGAUCGGAGACGUAUCACGCUGCUCGUUGUAACGUAAAUAAGUCUCUCUCUCGUGUCUGCACGAAUGUGCUUUUUCUUCCGGAUUCUCGACUCUAAAAACAGGAUAUAUCUUAUAUCUAACGACAGAAGCAAGAAAUUCGGUCAAAAAGAGGAAGAAGACUUUUGACAAAGUAAAGCAAUACCUGAUUAGUAAUUAAAUACAUUACUGAUAUAAUAUAAAUUAUUCGACAAAUUGGAUAAUUGGAUAAUUAUCUUGCUCGCGACACAGAUAACUGUCAAGUGGAAUUUUCCUCGUUGACGAAGAGAUAAUCCGUAUGUACCAAUGACAAUCUCCCGCAACGAGCAAUCGGACUUGAAGAAAGAACAGAAAAACAAGAGCAACUCCAUGAGACAUUGCAAGCAUUAUUCCGAAAAGGAUGAUGAUGGUAUCAAGCGAUUGCGAGGUGACGGACUCGUCGUCAGGAUGCAUUCGAAUCACCGUGUAUUGGAGAUCGUAGGCGAUGGCUGCUGGAUUGCCCUGUCCAAGAACUCCGGCAGCGUUCACGUAAUCGGUGACGGUUGCAGGCUGCGUGUGAACCAAAACGUGGGCGAUAUCGAGUACACCGGCGAUGGCGGACGGAUCCUUCUUGGACCGGACUCUUCUAAAGGAAAAGUGAAGUUUGUGGGCGACGGUGGAAAGGUCAUCCUCGAUUCGAGUCCCGAGGCAGAUUCGAAGUUGUCGAAGGAACAAAGAAAUAGGAAAACCUACGCACAGAAAGGUACGUGUAAGGAAGUUAUUGAUAAAAUAUCGGAAUGGGAAGAUGAUAGGAUAUUGAAUCGAGAGAAUCUGGACAAUAUCGUGAACGAUGUGAAGGAGGAGUGCCAGAGGAAGUACGGGAAGCGCAUCGAGGAAACACGGAAAUCCUUGCGGUAUCCAACCGUUACGAAGAUCAUCACGAAGAUCCAAAGUGACGGUCAAUGCGUAACGAAACGCUUCGGCGAUUCUUCGUCGAUCGUUAAUUUCCGUGGUCGAAACGGCCCCGUAACGAAAAGUGUGUCGAGAAGUUCGGGCACGAAUGUCGAAUGAUGUAACUAGAAGAAUUUGGUUGGUGUUAUAUAGAAAUGUAUGUUUCUAGAAAAAUAAAUGAUCAAGUGUAAUCAAGAGCUGGUUACACGUAAUCAUUG